CAUUGAGAUUGGUGAUUUCAAUUGACUGCUUUGCACUUCAACGACGAAAGUAGUUCGUUCGUUUUGAACAAAAGGGUUCAAUACAGUAGAUAUCAGGUUAUGGCCAUUCUUGCAUCGUUUACAGUCACUUUGGUGAAGAUAUCACGGAGAACGGAAGUGCCGGUUCUUCGCAUCUUACGGUUGGAUGUGGAUGAGACGGAAUCACUUUAGGACACGACAUUGCGUGAUAGUAAGAGAACGACGACGAUAGCGCAUGCAAUGAGCAGCAGCGAAGUGGACGAGAGUUGUAAAGUUUUGCAAGGAAAUUGUGGCCCAACCGGCAGAUGGACGAUUGCGUUGUUUCUAUCGUUAGUUGUGGGCAAUUUUGUGUUUAGCGGUUUUCUGUUGUGGAAGCUCAGUGUUCAGGAGAAAAGAUUUGAGAAAACCGUAGAGAAGUUGCAGUUGGACUUGCAGGAACUUCAAGUAGAAAAAGAGGAAAUGAAGCAGGUUUAUGAGACGUUGUCUGAGUAUGGAGGAGAAAGAGGGAAGAGGUCGGAAGAACACGUAUUUUGGUCAUUCAUCAAACAGAUGUGCAAACCAGAAUCAGCAAUUUGUAUACCAGGUCAACCAGGAAAAGACGGAUUGCCAGGAAAAGAUGGUUCAACUGGAUUACCAGGUCCAGCUGGAAAAAAUGGCGAGGCGGGAAAGGAUGGUGAACCUGGCAGUAAAGGAGAAAAAGGAAAAGGAGACAAAGGUGAACGAGGAUAUCCUGGUUUUAAAGGACAGAAGGGUGGAAAGGGGGAGAUUGGGUUACAAGGAGGAAAAGGAAUGAAAGGAGACAAAGGAACGAAAGGAAACAAAGGGGAUAAUCUCCCCAGUCAAUGUUUACCAGGGAAUCAUCGUGUUUUAAGUGAAACUUGGAGACAAGCAUCUGAGCAUGUUUCUAAGACAACGUGGCACUGUGAUAAGACAGGUAGUUCAGGCAAUCAACAUGGUUUCACACCAGGCUGGCAUUCAUUCAGUCCUACAAUAGGUGGAGCUAUGCCAGAGAAGUGCACAUCUCAAUACUACUGUGGAACUAAUGCAUCAGGAUGGUUAAAAGGAUCUCACCCAAAUGUCAUUGGUCAAAAAAUUUCAAGAACAGUUUGCUUCAGGUCCGAGAGCAAUUGUUGUAGAUGGCAGACUAGUGUUGAAGUGAUCAAUUGUGGACAGUAUUACAUAUACAACUUACCUAACACUCCAGGUUGCACUUUUGCUUACUGUGCUCGAGGACAGUGAAGAACAAGUUUCCUUUAUCAAAACCAUCAGAUGUACUUAUCUUUACAUUUUUGUGUGUAUCUAUGCUUCUCUGACUAGACAAGUGUCUGCUAAGAAUGAUUGUUGUAAGAGCUGCUUGUUGUGUAGGAUUGCUGCAUAGAGUAUGAUGUGCUGCUAGAUGGAAAUUUUGUUAUAAACAUACACAGUUUGUGA